AUGGCCAACCAAUCCUCUGUGACAGAAUUCCUUCUCGUGGGAUUUUCCAGUGACCGUGACAUACAGAUACUGCACUUUGUGAUGUUUCUCUCCAUUUACUUGUUAGCUUUGAUUGGGAACUCUCUCAUCAUCACCGUGGUAGCCCUCAAUCAGAACCUUCACACCCCUAUGUACUUCUUUUUGGCCAACUUAUCAUUGUCAGAUGUUUGCUAUAUUUCCACCACUGUUCCAAAAUCCAUGGCCACUUCCUUGACAAACAACAAACUGAUUCCUUUCUCUGGAUGUGUGGCUCAGGUUUUCCUAGUUGUCACCUUUGUGAGUCUUGAAUUCGUCCUCCUCACUGUCAUGGCUUAUGACCGCUAUGUAGCCAUCUGCCAUCCUCUACGGUACAGGUUAAUUAUGACCUGGGAUGCUUGUAUUCAGAUGGCAGCCGCUUCCUGGUUUGGCAGUUUGAUUCAUGCAGUGUUACAAACUAGCAUCACAUUUAGGUUAAACUUCUGCAGGAGCAACAUUAUUGAGCAGUUCUUCUGUGAUAUACCUCAGGUGCAAAAGAUCUCUUGCACUGAUACACAAGCCAAUGUAGUCCUGAUAUUUGUCCUUGGUUUCAUUCUGGAUUCAUUCUUUUUUGUGUUCAUUUUUGUUUCCUAUGGCUACAUUUUAUCUUUUGUGAUGAAGAUUCCAUCAGUUCAAGGCCGAUGUAAGGCCUUCUCUACCUGCAUCCCCCACUUAACUGUCUUUUCCUUAUUCAUCAUCCCAGGUGUAUUUUCGUAUAUGAGGCCUAAAGCACUUUCCACUCCAAUGAUGGAUUUGGUCUCUGCUGUUUUGUAUACAAUUUUACUGCCAUUAAUGAACCCCAUUAUCUACAGUUUGAGAAACAAGGAUAUCAAGGUGGCUUUGUUGAAACUACCAAAGAAGUUGCAACAUUUCAUAUUGGGCCAGUUGAGAUGA